AUGAAGUACCACUUUUGUUCUUCAGGUGCUUUUCUCUUCAUCUUCAUCAUUCUUCUGACAAUCUGUUUGAGCAUUGAAGCUCGAACCUACAAUCCAAGUGGCAAAAUAGUCGGUAAAAUGCCUCCAGUGUCCGAGCAUACAAAAGCAACCUUGACGAUCAACAGCUUCGAGAAAGGUGGUGACGGUGGUGGACCGUCCAAAUGUGACGGUAAAUACCACUCCAAUAACACCCCGAUCGUGGCAUUGUCCACCCGGUGGUACAACAAUGGGAAAAGGUGUUCACACUACAUUACCAUAUAUGGUAAUGGAAGGAGUGUGAAAGCCAAGGUUGUUGAUGAGUGCGACUCAACAAAAGGAUGUAAUGAUGACAUCGUUGAUGCCUCUAAAGCUGUUUGGAAGGCCUUGGGAGUUAAGGAAAGCGGUAGCGACUGGGGUGAAAUGAAAAUAUUCUGGUCUGAUGCCUGA